AAACUAGUUUACAAACAUUAACGACGCACCGAAAACAAAAGCGGAAAAGGCGAAAGGUGCGUUUCUCACAGCGAGCCCCGCGACUCUCCAGGAAGACAUUAAACCAGUUCUGCUGCACGUGUAAUUUUGAUAAUUACCCAAAUGGUUUUUCGGGAUGAGUCAAUAUUUUUUUGCGGCCGUUCCAACCUUGAACAAAAGUCGUCUGCAGGUCAAACCGGCGCAGGGCGCGAAACUAUAAUGUUUACGAAUAUGACCUACCUCAUUUCCUCCGUCUAAAUAUAGGACCGCAUUAUUUUUAAACAUUGACAACGUUUCGAUCUCUGGAACUGGUCGCGACCGGUUCCCGCUCACGUUCAUUAUCGCUUGUUUGUCCGAGAUCAGUUUUCAUUCUCUCCGCAACGACGGGGACUCAAAUCGGGGGAGGUUGGAGGUCACAAUUCGCUCCUCUUAUUUUUGUCGCCGUGUUUUAUUUAUAUUUUUUUCCUUUCGAUAACUGUUUCUGACGUUCCGCAAUCGAGUCACUGACACAUUUAUCAAUAGUCUGCGUCUUUUAAAUAUUUAUCUGUGUUUUUUUAAAUGAGGAAUCCGAGUAAACAUUUGCACAAGUUUCGCCAACAACAAACUUGUUUUAUUGUCACUUUUUUUGUUUUUUGUUUCGUUUAAUUAUGUAUAACACAAAUAUGUAAUUUUCAACUUCAACUUCAACGAAAAAAAAUACGUGACAAAAGGUCUGACGCUGGACCAGAACCUGUCGAUGAGCCAGUUGGGACCGCAAUCGCCGUUGGAGAUGAAGCCCGACGCGUCGCAACUGGGCCAGUUCAGCCCCCAAGGACCGAACAGUCCCGGAUCAUUUUCGCUAGGCCAUCCGAGUCUGCUGAGCCCCUCGCCCGGGGGCGGUCAGAAGCCGGCCGCCUAUCCGCCCAACCAUCCGCUCAGCGGCAGCAAGCACCUGUGCUCUAUUUGCGGCGACAGGGCUAGCGGCAAGCACUACGGUGUUUACAGCUGCGAGGGAUGCAAGGGAUUCUUCAAAAGGACCGUACGAAAGGACCUGUCGUACGCGUGUCGCGAGGAAAAGAACUGCAUAAUAGACAAAAGACAAAGAAACAGAUGCCAGUAUUGCAGAUACCAGAAAUGCCUCACCAUGGGCAUGAAAAGGGAGGCCGUGCAAGAGGAACGGCAACGGACGAAGGAUCGGGACACGUCGGAGGUGGAGUCCACCUCCAACAUGCAAACGGACAUGCCGAUCGAACGGCUCCUCGAAGCCGAAAAACGGGUCGAGUGCAACGAUCCGAUCGUACCGUAUGAGUCGCAGGGAAAUAAUAUUUGUCAGGCGACCAACAAGCAACUGUUGCAGCUGGUAGAAUGGGCAAAGCUAAUACCUCAUUUCACGUCGUUGCCGGUUUCCGAUCAGGUGCUAUUGCUGAGAGCCGGAUGGAACGAGCUGCUCAUCGCCGCCUUUUCGCACCGCAGCAUCCAAGCUCAAGACGGCAUAGUGCUGGCCACCGGACUCACCGUCAACAAACAAACCGCUCAUUCGGUGGGCGUGGGCGCCAUCUACGACAGAGUGCUGAGCGAGCUCGUGAACAAGAUGAAGGAAAUGAAGAUGGACAAAACGGAACUGGGAUGUCUUCGUGCGAUCAUCCUCUUCAAUCCAGACGUACGAGGUUUGAAAUCGACGCCGGAAGUGGAGAUCCUGCGCGAGAAGAUCUACGCGGUCCUCGAAGAGUACACGCGGACCACGCAUCCCAACGAGCCCGGACGUUUCGCGAAACUGCUGCUCCGUCUGCCCGCCCUCCGGUCGAUCGGCCUCAAGUGUCUCGAGCAUCUGUUCUUCUUCCGCAUCAUCGGCGAGACCAACAUUGACACCUUCCUCACCGACAUGCUCGAUAACCAGAACGACGCAUAAGGAUUGGCGAGCCGGCUAGCGGGUUUUAUGAAGGAAUGCCCCGCUUGACGAGUUCCAAACCGAGAACUAAAGAAUGAAGGGUACAAAAAUAGGAAGGUGCAUUUCUUGAUAAAACCCAAUUGAAUCCCGGGACAUAUUCUGUCUUUCCCUAAUUUUAAUAUUUGCAGAACUGUGAUUUAUAAUAUUUAUGAAAUUAUGAGGUGUAUUAAUCUAUUUUUCGUUUUUAGUUAAAAAAAAAUCGGAUGACGGUAUUAUUAGCUAUAUUUUAACUAUAUUUUUUAUUGCGGAAAGACUUUAUAACAUAAUUUUUGCUGUUUUUUAUGUAAAUUCUAUUUAUUUAACUUAUGUAGGUCAUAGGUAAAGUUUAGUUUUUUACUUAUUUUUAUCUGUUUAAGUUUGAUCGAGCUUUUUUCCCAUUUCCCGCUGAUGAAUAGCAAUCAACUACAUAACAAAUAAUUAAAUGAGAUGGGAAAAAUGAUUCGAAAGCAAUUAGGGUAGAUCUCAGUCUUUGAAACUCAUCUUAAAACCACGGAAAAGAGUCUAUUUAAUGAAUAGAAUAGAAGAAUCAUUGUUAUGGAUGACGGUACUGAUUCUGUGGAAUCAGCAAUAAGUGUGUUGGUACUCAAAAAUGAUUAUUUUUUAUGUAUGUAUUGUGUAUAUAAAAAUAUUUAUCAAAAAACUAAUAUCAUUACAAGUAUAAUAAUACUAUUCUUAUUAAAAAAUAUUAGAGCUUUAGUGGAAAUUUAUCAAUAAAAAAUGAUAUUUAGAAUGUUGAAAAGUCUCAAGCAAGUUUAUCUGGGCAAUAUUUUUGAAUGUGUACCAAAGUUAAACUAUUAUUUUAUACAGACCGUGUUACUUAUAUUCGAUAUUUUAUUUACUCUGGUUGUUGAAAGUAAUGACAAGAUUAUCUUGAAAGCAUUUCAAGUAAAACUUACAAUUAAGUUAGAUCGUGAUGGAAAAGUGCCUGGACUGCUUUUCUAUAUAUUUUUAGCCUUAUUUAUUAUUACUCCUAAUAUUUGUUAAGCUCAAAAUAUUAUUUUUGUAAAAUCUUUCGUCAACCUCUAAGUGGAAACUCGUUUUGAAUUAAUUAGAUGUAAGUUAUAAGGAAAGGUUUAUUGUAUUGAUUUCAUUUUUGGGCAGCUUGAAACCGUGUAAAUAAAUACAGAUUUAACAUUCCACAUGCAAAACGAAAAAAUGGCGAGAAGAGAAGAACCAUUGGCCUAUAGAAUUGUUGUGUAUGUAUAUUAUACAAAUCUAUGGAUGUUUUAGAUUAUGUUUGUGUAUAUCUAACUAACUGUUCAAGUUUGAAGAAUUUUAAUUGUUAAAUAAUCAUGAUUUAUAGUUUAAUAGUUACGUCGAGUAUUCUAUAUGUACAGCAAACGAUGAAUUGUCAAAUUUUAAUGGUUUAAUAAAUUACUUUCCUCUUU